AUGGCUGUUUACACGCUGAUUCUGGGGCUGUUGGCGCCUCUGGUGAUACUUGGGGUCAUUCGUCUCAUUCGCCCCUCAGCGCAGGCCAUCAACUUUCCGCCAGGCCCGCCGUCUGUCCCACUGCUGGGUAAUCUGCAUCAAGUACCUCCCAAGAAAUCAUUCCUCGAGCUUGCAGAACUGAACCGUACAUAUGGCUCUCGUGGGCUUAUGGGCCUUCGGCUUGGUCCAAGUGCCAACGUCGUGGUCCUCAGCAGCUGGAAGGCCGUACGUGACCUGGUCGACCAGCGCGGUGCGAUAUACUCGUCCCGCCCGUAUGUACCUCUGGUCGAGUAUGUUGUCCCUCCCCCGGGAGACAUCCACCUCGUGUUCACGCCUUAUGGGCCAAAGUGGCGCAAGGGGCGCAAGACGGUCACCGACUUCCUGAAAGACAGCGAGGUCGACAAGCUGCUCCCGAUACAGGAUGCCGAAUCGUCUCAGCUCAUGUUCGAGUUACUACAAGACCCAAAGCGCUAUUAUGACCACAUACCGAGAUGCUUCGGUGCUGUCAUAACGGCGUCCGUAUUCGGCACGCGGGGGAUGGACUACAGCGACACAGCCAUCGUCAAACGUUUCUUCGACGUACAGGGCGAGUGGGCAGGCAUGCUCGGAGACGGUUCAUUUCCACCCUUUGAUGUCUUUCCAUUCCUUCGAUAUGUCCCGGAUGUCCUUCUUACGCCUUGGCGAGGGUGGAGAAAGCGAGCAGAGUCCUUGAAGCAACGACAGAACGGACUGUAUCGUGAGCUCCUGUCCGGAGUUCGAGAACGAGUGGCGAAGGGGCAGAGCCAGCAUUGCUUCCUCGCAGGGCUGUUACAGCACAGAGAGAAAGAUGGCUACAGUGACGUGGAGCUGGAGUACAUCGGUGGUCUUCUGAUGGAAGGGGGUUCCGAUACGACGGCGGCUGUCUUUGAAACGUUCGUACUGGCCAUGGCGGCUUUCCCGCAGCUGCAGAAAAGGGCGCAGAAAGAGGCAGACGCAUUCUUCGGGCACGACAAGAUGUCUAGUGAUGAGAAGCCAAGCUCGGAAAACCUGCCGUUCCUGAAAGCGUGCUUCCUUGAAAGUCUACGAUGGAGGCCCAGCUUCCCGAUGAAUAUUCCGCAUGCCACCUCACAAGACGACACGUACGAAGGCUUCUUCAUCCCGGCAGGCACAACGGUUCUUAUGAACAUCUGGGCUAUUCACCACGACCCUGACGAAUAUGAGGACGCAGACAGCUUUGACCCCUCACGGUUUCUCAAACACCCACUUGGGCUCAGGGCCAACGUCGACGAAGAGGCCAAGAUGCCCGAGACGAGAGGCUUACGCCGGCCGAGUUACGGGUUCGGUGCGGGGAGACGGGUGUGCCCGGGUCAACGCAUGGCGGAGAACAGCUUGCUCAUGGCCAUGGUGAAGCUCCUGUGGUCGUUCGAUAUCGUGGCACUUCCGGGACCUGGACAGCUGGACACGAGCGUGUUGAGUGGUUUCAGAGACGCCAUCCUCACAGGUCCAAAGCACUUUGGUGUCGACUAUGUGGUCAGGAGCGAAGCGAAGAAGAAGGCUAUCGCGCAAGAAUGGGCAAGGGCAGACGGGUUUCUGAAGCAGUAUGAGUAA